AUGUUCUUCAUCAAAGAGCUAACACACACAAUUUUGUUGCACCCAUCCUACUUUGGACCUCGGAUGCUCAAUUUUCUCGAGUCAAAAUUGUACGCGGACGUCGAAGGGACAUGUUUAGGAUCUUUCGGGUACAUCAUUGCUGUCGUUUCCAUACUGGACAUUGGGAAGGGCAUGGUGUUGAGCGGUAGUGGGCAAGCGGAGUUCAUCACGCGAUACCGCGCCAUCGUGUUCAAGCCGUUCAAAGGGGAGGUCGUCGACGGGGUCGUCACGAAUGUGAACAAGAUGGGAUUUUUCGCUGAAUGUGGACCUUUGACGGUGUUUGUGUCGCACCAGCUUAUACACCCUGGGUUGCGAUUUGACCCUAAUUCGAAUCCUCCUUCGUUUGCUUCAGAGGAUCAGAUUAUCGAAAAAAACACCCGGGUACGGCUGAAGAUUGUCGGUACUCGUGUUGAUGCCACCGAAAUUUUUGCCAUUGGCACGAUCAAAGAGGACCAUCUUGGUGUCAUAGACUGA